AAAGAGGCUUGUACAUCAGUCAUUUCAUCACUAGAGGGCUCAGUGGAGCACAGACCCAUAGGACAGACGUUUAAAGGCAAAACUAUAGCUUCCCCUCUCCUCCCCUUUUGCUCUUCUGUUGUUCCUCUCUUUCCUUGCCUCCUUAUCUCUUUUUCUUACUUUGUCAGUUUCCAUUCCUCUCUUCUUCCCCUCUUUCUUUCAUCCCUCUCCUUCCCUUCUUUCCUCUUUCCUCACCCUGCCCCUUUGUUUUCCUCAUUAUUUCCUCUCUUCCAUAUUUUUCUUACUUACUCAGUUUCUUAUUAUUCCCUCUCUCCUUCUCUUCUUAUUUUUCUUUCCGUCAUCUGUAUAUUUCCUUUCCUUUCUUUUCUGUAUAUUUCCUUUCUUCUUCUCUCCACCUCCCUGUUUCCUCCAGAAUCUACUGCCUUCUUUUCCCUUUUUACUCCUUUGCAAUCCCCCUUUUCACUUUUUCCUUGCUCUGUUCCUCUCUUUUCCUAUUUUCCUCACUUCUUAGUUGUCUGAGUUUUCUUUCCUAUUUUCCUCUCCUUUUCCUCUCCUCCUGUCCUCUUCGCUGCCUCUCCAUCUCUUUUUCGCUUGACUUCCUCCCUCCUCUUUCCACUUCCUCUCACUUAUCUAUCUUUUCUCCCCUACUCCCCCUUUUCUGACUUUUGCUGAUUCUCUCCAUUAUUCCUGCCCCUCUCUUUUUCCUUUCUCACCUUUCCUUUCUUUUUCUACCUUUCUCACCCUCUCGCUUUCUAUUUCCUUUGCUCACACCUUUCCUUUCCUGGUCCCCCCUCUUUCCACAUCCAUUUGUCCUCUCAUCCUUUCUUGCUGUUUCCUUUGCAUAUCCUCCCCUCUUUACCACUGGCAUGUCAGAGCUUGCAGAAAGAGGGAGAGAGAGAGAAAAGUGUGUGUGUGUGUGUGUGUGUGUGUGUGUGUGUGUGUGUGUAUGAGAGAGAGAGAGAGAGAGAGAGAGAGAGAGAGAGAGAGAGAGAUAAAGAGACCAGGAGAGAGUGAGCAGACUGAAGCUGAGCAGUGAGCGGGUUGAGCAGCAGGAGUGCGUCUGUCCUCGGAGCUGUGGAUGAUCCAGUCUCAAGUGUCACUGAGAGUGAAGAGUCUGCAGGACUAACUGGUUGACCCAAAAGAGACAAGAACAAAAAACAAGAUCUGUUCUCUGAGACCUGAGUCUCCUUUAUCACAACAAUUUUUUUCUUACACCAGGAUGAACUAUCACCUUCUAAACCAAUACCAAUCCUGAAGCUUCUCCAGCUCAGAAAGAGAAAAUAAUUCCACUGAGGAAUAAAGAAGAAGAAGGAAAGAAGGGGGAGGACAAGUCAGCCUAUCUACAAAAGACAAGAACAACCAAAAAAAAGUCUCAAGUGGAGCCUUUGGGGGAGUGUUGGAUAUAUUGUCAACUCUGUACUCCGGAAGAACAGAGGAAGAAGAAAGAAAAAGUUCAUUGAGAAAAGAGGGAAAACAGUUUUCAUUGUAAGAUCAACCCAAAGAAGAUGUUGGGGUCUAUUGCAUCCACUCAGAUGCAGAGAGAAAAAGGAGAUAUAAAGAUUAAAAUAAAGAUAGAGUGAGAGUGACAGGUUUUGCUCUUUUUUUUUCAAAUCCAAAAAGUAGAAAUAAAGCAGAAAACAAAGAGACAGAAAAGGAGAAAGUUUUCUGUCACCCUAUUAAUGAACAAAGAUGUUGUAGACCAACAUUUGUGAAGAGAAAAAGGACAUCAGCUCAUCUGCUGGAAAAAAUCAAGGAAAAGAGGAUAUUUUAAUAAAUUUUUCUGAAAAGGGGAGAAGAAAAGACAAAGACAAAGGAGCAGAAAAAGUUCAAGGACCAGCAAUGGAAAUGCAGGAGUGAAGAGUCAAAAGUCAAGGAAUAAAAAGGAUAUAGAGGAAUAAAGGAAAACACAAAGAGGAACGGACAAAUAUCUGGAAAUAAAGGAAUAAAAAGAGGACAAAGAGGUGUAAAACAGAUACAGAGAAGAAAAGGAAUAAAGGAAUAAUCAAGUGGUACCGGGCAAAAAAGGAGAAAAGGAUGAAUCAAGAGGAAAAGCAAGAGUUAUCAAGAGAAUAGGGAGAACUGAGGAACAAAAGAAAAUACUGAACAGAAAAGGGAGGAAUAACUAUAUCUAGAAAAUUCAGAAAAAGAGAAAACAAUUGAAAUUGGGGGAAGCCAAAAAAGAAGUAAGGAACAAGUAGAACCAAGGUGUGACAAUGAGGCUCCUGGUGCUUCUUGUAGCUCCCAUCUUCAUCCUCAUCCUCCAGAUCCCAGGAGUGGUGUCCGCAGGCGGCAUGUCCCCUGGUCGGCUGGAACGCUGGGUCCGCUCAGGCCUCCAGUCAUUGCAGUGGGACCAGCUGGACCGGUGCCUCCGCAUGUCCUCCCUCUCUGAAGCUGAGUGCAGGCAGCUCGCUCACCUGCCGCUGUCCUCUGUGGCUGUUUAUGUGUCGGAGCCACUCACUGCUGCAGGUAACUCAGACAAAGUUUUGGCCAUCCUGCCAGACUCCUCAGGUGCGAUGGUGAACUCCAAAUUGCGGGGAAGUUUUGGUGUUAGCCAGGUGCUGAAUGGAGGGGAGGGUCCCCACAGACACCAGCAGCCUUUUCCUGGUUCCAUGGCCCAUGAUGGUGUGCUGGUGCUGGACCCAAGCCCUGGGGAAAACUUUGGACACCCAGUGGUCCUGUUCUAUGUGGACAUGAAUGUGACAAAGAAGAGAUGCUCCCACCUGGAUGGCAUUUACCUGGGUGAGGAGUGUUUGACUCUGGCUUUGAAGGGUCGUUGUCAGAACCAGAUGAAGCGUCGGCAAGCCGGGCCAGAGAGGCUUAUGGGUAAUGGACAUGGUCGGCUUGCAAGUGGGUCACUGCGUGGUGGUGCCAUUGCCACUAGUGGUGGCAGCCGUCUGGUGGAGCGGGCUGUCGGUGGGCUCUGUGAAGUCCACUUCCUCCCACUGGUGGUUGGAGUUGGAGACAGCAACCGAACACAGAGACUCAGAUGUGUGGACCAUGCAGAAUUUGCGAGGUGCCCUCAGCCGCUGCCUAUGGGCUCUCCUAGUUUGCCUGUCUCCAGCUGUGAGCUGAAUAAAAACACCAGACGCUGCCACCAGCAGCCGCUGGCCACUCACCUUUCCUGCCGGCUCUAUCAAACCUGUGACCAUGCUGUGCUCAUAUCAGGUGGCUGGCAGCAGCAGAUGACAUUCCAGCGUCAUGUUCAGAAUCUUCAGAAGUUCUAUGGGAUGCUCCGGAACAAUGGUUUUCAUAAGGACCACAUCAAGACCUUCUUUGCCAGCAGUGGACAGCUUCCUGAGGAUGUAGAGGGUGUGUACUCUGCAACAGAGAAGGCAGUGAUCCGUAACCAUGUGUCGUACAUCUGCAGGAAGCAGCACUGCGCCGACACGCUGGUUCUCUACCUGAACUCACCAACACGCAAUGACGGCACCAUGCUGCUGUGGGACGCCAACCUCAAUGGCAUUGCUGAUCUAAAGGAGCGCUACUCGGUCAACUGAGCUGUUAGCCGAUCUGGCAGGCUGCAGGGCAACUCGAGUUUUGCUGUUUGUGGAUCAGAGCUACAGCGGUGUUCUGUCCAAGAGGCUGCGAGGGUCGCAGAAACACCUCAACGUGGUCCUGAUCCAAAACCAACCACGGCAGACCCCCAAUCACCAGAACCAAAGGUUGAACACUGGCUGGGAGGACAGCGGCUGGUCCUUCAUCAGCCCUGCAGCCUGCCUACUGGACCACCUGGGGAAGGGUGCAGGGAUAUCCCGCCUCCUGGAGCCAUGGGCCGGCCUUUUAAAUGUGACACUGGCAGGUGCUCCCUGCAAUGCUACGCCACCUCUAACUGAUGGAGAGAUGCGACGAGAGUACCAGGGCUGCCAGAACCUGCCGACCGCGCUCUGGCACCAGAGACACAGAAGGCCCAACUGAGAAAGAGCCACCGACUGGGAGAGAGAGCAAGAAAGUGACUGAGUGGGAAACACAUUAAUUAUGGACACACACACAUACACACAUACACAAGCAUUUGCAUUACACACAUAUUUGUCAGUAUGUGUUAACUUAGGACUUUAGUUUCAGUGUGCUUGGCGGACACUGAUGUGUGUGUUUUGUGUCCUAACUCUGAACUCAGACUGUAACCAUGGCGAUGACAGCUCAUCCCAAUGGGAGUGUCCUGAACACCAUGCGAACAGUGUGUGUGUGAGUGUGUGUUUGUGAGUUCAACAAGAGGACAACCACUCUUGGAGACCAUUGCUAGCUUACGCUUGGGUCAGUGUGUUUGUGUGUGUGUGUGUGUGUGCGCGCCACUUCUCCUGGGCACUUUAACAUUUCAGAGCCAAUCAUCCACCUCUAUUUUAAUCUUUACGACAGUUAUUUCUUCUUCCCUCUUUUUUCCCUUUCUUCAGUCCCUCUUCUCUUCAUUUUGUCCUUUGCUUUACCUCUUGCCUGCUACUUUCUGCCUACCUUUCCUCCCUUGAUUUCCUCCUCUAACUUCUUCUCUACUGUGUUUCCUUCUUUCCUCCUUCUUUUCUUUACUUGCAUUGACUGCUUCAGUCUUUUCCCCCUCCUUCCUCCUCUCUUUCUUACAUUUCUCUCAAAUUCUCCCUCCACUAUUUUACUUUACUUAUUUUCACCCUUUCUUCUUAUUCAUCCUUAUCCAUUUUAUUAUCUUUCCUCUUCUUCCCCUUCUUAGCUGUCAGUCUCUCAUUCAAAUAGUUGAAUACUGGAAUGAAUCAGUCACAAGACAGCAAAAGUAGCGUUUCCACCCAUUUGUAUCUUAAAUUUACUCACAAGAAUACAAUACAACAUUUUAGUUUUCAGUUUGAUAAAACUCUUAACUGUUAAUAUUUUAUGACUUUGAAGGUGAAGAGUGAGCUUUUAAGCUUAGUAUUCUUUGGAGAGCAUGGUGACACAUACACCUCAACACCCAGACUACUGUUCACUCUUUUUAUACGAGUCUACAAUAUGUUUAUUCAGUACAUUAUAUUAACUAAGAAGAAUUAUCAUUUCCAAAAAUAUUCUAUUUUUUCUUAUUGAAAAGACCAAAACCAUCAGUGCAUUAGUCCGUCUAUCAAUACAUUUCAACAUCCCUGCUCUGUGGCAAUCGUCCCAUUGGUAAUUUUCCUACUGAAGCUGUAAAUCUUUAAAAAAUGGUUAGUGGUUUAGUUUAAUGCCUGAUAAAGCUCAGUAAUUUCCUGAAACAGCUGGGCACUGUAGUUUUCAGCAAACAUUACUCAAACAAGACUAAAUGAUGCAUUUGUGAGAAGUAUUUUCAGCUGCGAAUAAAUACAUAUGUUGAGUAUUCAACCCACUGUCAUGAAGUUCAUAAAAUAGUCACAAAAUUAAGUCUAUUGAUUUUGUAUGCAUGGACAAGAAUUUUCCUUUUUUGUGACAAUGAGGAUGACAAAUGCUUGCAUUUCAAUUGGAAACAUAUUUUUUCAAUUAAGCACCGCAAUCAGUAUUAGAAGCAGAGUUUCAAGGGGGUAGGUUGGAGUAGAAGCACACAACCUUCAAUGAUCUUUCAUUAUACUUAACCAAUGCUGUCAAUAUCUAGACAUAACCAUAAAUAAGUGUAAUAAUGCUGUGAUCACUACUUUUUUUUUACUGUCACAAAAAAAUUGGACAAUUCCUGCCCAUGUCAAUGGUAAAUUCAUGUCCAUACAUGUGAAAUCAAUAGAUUUUCUGACUAUUUCAUGACCUGCCAUGAGACUGGGUUGGAAUAUUUGUAGCAUCAGGACAGUGCCCACGUUCAUCGUAAUGAGAGAACAUGUUUCUGCAUAGGCAAUACUUGCUGCUAGCGUUAUUGUUGAUUUUGGUCUUUUCGUGGGAUUAGUUUUUAUAAACAAGUAUAGAAUAUGGCAAGCCUUACCCUUUCAAAGAAGGCAACACUGAAUACAGCUCCACUGUCAUUUGCAAUGUGGCAAUCAACCAAGUGCUGUGACAACCAGAUUAGGUUUUUAACAAGUUUAACUCAAUUAUUUUAUUAUCCAUUAUUUAUCAAUUAUAUUAUCAAGUACUUAUUUGGUAGCGAACAUAAAUUAAUAAUACAAAAUUACUCAUAGCUGGCCUGCAGUUCUUUUUCUUAGAGCUGCUAAAUCCCCGAUUUUGACAACAAAACUUAAAAAUAUCAUUAUAAUGGAAUAAUGGUCAACACUACAGAAAUAACACCCGGGCUUUAAAAAUCUGGAUUUUACAUUCAAACACCAUUGGGUCUGAGCUCAGGAGGUUUAUUUUUAACAUUUAGAGGUGGACGACUUUUUAUACUGAGAAAGAGGGAACGAUAGAGAGACACGCACAUAGACAGCCAGGAAAUGAGAGACAGAGAGAUUGGUUGGCAGUGAUCAUGAUUAAGAUAUGAAGCACUGAGACUGCCCUCACUGCUACACAAACUAUCUAUGGCAUUUUAACAAAGGCACAACUUGCAAGUAGGUGUGUGCUUGUAUGUGUGUGUACUCCAUCACAUAGACAGAGGCAUCACGUGAAACAUGCACAUGUUCUGAUAUUAACCCAUCCCUACACUAACAACGUAUGUGUUGUCCUCUACUUUUGGUGGUACUUUGUGAAUUUUGUCUGUACAUUACCUCCUGUCUUUUUUCCAUCCCAGUAACCAUGCAGUAUACCACAGCCCAGCGUGCAUCUCCUUCCCUCCCUGCUGUGUUUUGUAUUGUGGAUUGUUUGCUGUUGCUGUUGUACUGAUUUUACAUUAGAUAUUUGUUUAUCUAAUAUUUGUUUAUUUUAUGGAGGUUGAUCAGAGGAACUACUUUCCAAACUGCAUGGGACAUUUUGGACCGGAACUGUGUCCAACGAGUUGACAUGUGCAUAUUCACAGUUUGUGUAAUGAUCUGUACAGAAUAUGAGAUGUAAUUUAGCUGAGAUGUUUCUAGUUGCAUGCAGCAUCACAAAAUCUAGUCAAUAAAAUACUUUUAG